GGCCGAGCCCAUUUUGACGCGUCUUUCGGAUCAUCAGAUGACCCAUGAUAUCCCGUCCAAAUUCUAACUUUCUAGAUAGAGAUAUACGAUCUACAUUUAAAAAUAAAAACGGGUAAUGUAACUGACAUAUAAUAUUAUUUUAGAGCUACACACAUAAUUUAAAAAAAAAAAAAACAUAAAGACAUGAGCAGAUACAUUUACAACAAUGGAUCCACAGUGUCUGUCUAAUUCUAUUGUUAAAGUUACAACAAAGGUAUUGCUUCAAUAAGUUGAUAAUAGUAAGCAUUUUUGUUUUGUUAUAAAACUAUGUGCUUAUCGCCAGACAUGGGUCAUUGUGCGCAACGUAUAUCGCAGUCUAUUUCCGACGGUUAGCCGCGUGAUACGCCGCUUCCGUGCCCUCCUGACCUUACGAUGCUCUCAUUAAUUCUACAUCUUUCUCUCAUCCUAUGUGUUUACUGUGAUCUUUCCGAAUACAAGAGUAAGAGGGACAAACUAAUUCAAGAUGAAUACCGGCUCACACUUGGAGGAAACAUCAACUUAACUGAAAAGGAGACAAUUGUCAACAAUUGCAUAAUGAAAUACAAGUUUCUCGAAGUUGACUAUGGAUUCACUAAUCCUAAGUACUUCAAUUUCAGUCAUCAUUAUUUCUCUUACAAAGAAAAGAUAAGGUACUCAAAAGUGUAUCAGAUUAUAAAGGAUAUGCCGAAAGGCGCCGCGCUGCAUGUCCACGAUAUGGGAAUAUUAGGACCUGAUUAUUUGAUGAACAUAACUUACAUGGACAAUCUUUAUGUGUGUUUUGAUAGAAAUGUAAAUUUAAAAUUUUCAAAUAAACCUCCCAACAUUCCUUGUGAUGGAGAAUGGCAAUUAGUGAGUAAAAUUAGAGAUACAUGUGGGAACAUAACAAAAUUUGACGCAAAACUGAGAAAACAUUUUAGUCUUGUAGUGGAGAACCCUGAUAUUGUUUACCCAAGCAUCACUGAGUCAUGGAACACUUUCAUGAAUUACUUUGUAACGGUAGCACCUAUGCUUACCUACAGGCCAAUAUGGGAACAAUAUUUUUAUGACGUCUUAUAUAAAUUUAGAGAAAACAACAUCAUGUAUGUUGAAGUGAGAAGUAUACUGCCAAAACUUUAUGAGUUGGAUGGUACAGAAUAUGAUCCACUAAUCACAGCUAAAGCGUACAGAAAAGCCAUAACGAGAUUCACUAAAGACUAUCCUGAUUUUGUAGGUGCAAAACUGAUUUAUGCUCCAUCAAGACAAGUGGAUAAUGUAACUGUUGAGGAAUAUCUUAAGUUAGCGAAAAUAUUAAAAAAGGAUGUGCCUGAAAUAUUUGCAGGAUUCGAUUUGGUUGGCCAAGAGGAUCUCGGGAGUCCACUCAUAGAAUUUCUACCUCAACUGGUAGCAGCUAGAGAUGAAAUUAACUACUUUUUUCACGCAGGAGAAACCGAUUGGUACGGAACAUCUACUGAUGACAAUCUCUUUGAUGCUAUUUUGCUGGGAGCAAAACGUUUAGGGCAUGCGUAUGCGUUGCCCAAACACCCUUUGUUGAUGAAGGAGGUGAUAAAUAAUGACAUCGGUUUAGAAGUGAAUGUAAUAUCAAAUACGGUGCUAUCUUUGGUCCGUGAUGUAAGGAAUCAUCCAUUAAAUAUAUUUCUUGCUCAUGGUUUGCCUGUAGUGCUCUCAAGCGAUGACCCUGGUGCUUGGGAAGCUGAUCCGAUAUCUGAAGAUUACUAUGUUGCGUUUGUGGGAGUGGCAAGUAGAGUUUCUGAUUUAAGAAUGUUAAAAGCGUUAGCAAUGAAUUCUUUAAAAUAUAGUGCUUUGGAUGGGAAUAAUAAAGCAAAUGCUAUCAAAAAAUUCACUGUAAGUUGGAAUGAUUUUGUGGAAAAGUUUAAUUGUGCUUCAUACUGAAUUAGGGCAUUUCCUUAAUCUCAUUGUAACAGUUAUUAGACGUAACCUUACGUAGACAUUUAUAAAUUGGAAAGACUGUGGUUUUAAUAUAAUAUGUAAUUAUAAUCAA